UGAAGAACACGUGGUAAUGUGACAUUAGCGAAAUUAUUGCAUCUCAUAGCAAUCGUCAUGUCUGUCACUUCACUUCUUGUCAAAAUCAACAAAACCACAUCAAAACGUAAACAAAUUGUAAUUAUUUUAUAUUUUUUACAUUAACUACCUACAUAAUUAUUAAAAUACUUCUCUCACACAACAAAAUGGAAGAGAACAUCGACAUAAAUACAAUGAACAAGCGAGAGUUGGGCGAAUGGCUGUUAAAACAGUCUUACACUAGCGUUAAACGUAACCUACAAAGUAUUUUGCACAGCACACAAUUUUGCGGCGUUUGCCAUGCAAGCUCUAGGGAAUCCUUCUAUGAGUUGAAUUUCUCUGGUUUCGACAAAGAGGACGAUUCUAUUGAGGACAUGAUCAGAAACGUGUUUGGUGAUGAAGUCAUUUCCAGUCUCUCCACCAACCUAAUAUGUGAUAUUUGUCAGAAACAGUUGAAGGAAUCUUAUCUCUUCAUCAGCCAAGUCAAGAAUACUACAAUGAUACUAAUUAACUACUUAGAUCAAAUGGCUGAACAGAUUGAUGGGAUUGAUGAGUUUGUGAACCAGGACAGGUCCGGCUAUGCUAAUACCGUCAUUGUUUUACAGGACUUUCUGAAUACAAAACCUAAAGAAAGUGAUUUGCAGAGUGUAGAGAAAGAUAUAGUUUCUGAUGUGUGUUAUGCAGAUCAAAAUAUCUAUACAUGUGAUGUUUGUCACAAGAGUUUUGAUUCAAAAGUGAAAAUAACUCACCACAUUAAGCAGUUGCACAUGAAGAAGCAAUUUAACAAAAGGUUUUCCUGCCCUGAGUGUGAUACAACACCCUGUAUUCAUGAGAGAUAUUUGAGUUCUGUAAAAAAUAAUGAAAUCCAUGGCAAAAGCACUUUUAAGUGUAUUGAUUGCGAAUAUGUGACUGCAAGCAAAACAUACCUUAUUGCUCAUAUCAACAAAGACCAUUUGAACUUGUUUCCGCAUCUCUGUGAUAUUUGCGGUCAGUCUUUCGCAUGUAAAUACAAUCACAAACAGCACAUAAGACGGUACCAUGAAGAUAUUAUAAAGUGCAAGUACUGUGAAAAGAUUUUCAGCAAUGUUUGCAGACUUGAUACGCAUAUGGAAAGCUGUAGAACCAUCUCAAGGGAAUUUAAAUGUAGUUACUGUCCAGCAUCCUUUGACAAUACAGAGCAGUUGGAAUACCACAAACUCAGACACGAGAGCCAAAUACCUUGUCCGAUGUGCACUAAAAUAUUCCCUAGCAACAUCAGCCUAAAUAGACACAUAAGACAAGCUCACGACAGACCGUUAUACAACCCAAGCCGUGGGGUUCGUCUCCGCGAAUGCUCACUAUGUCCAGCUACAUUCAAAACUCUGACUGAACUACGAAGACAUUUGGAAGACCACAGCUUAGACGAUCAACACCACUGCAAAGCAUGUAACAAGACAUUUGCCUCACGAAGAAAAUACAAAGCGCACUGUAGAUCCUGGCCGCACAUACGAAGAGUGAACCCGGAUGCAGAAUUCCGGUUCAAAUGUGAUUGUGGUGUUUCAUUUCCUUCGGAGAGGCUUUUGGAGAACCACAAAAAUGUGUACCACUUCAACAUCAAACCUUACGUAUGCACUGAAUGCUCUAAAGCUUUCACAACCGAAAUCCAUUUGAAAUACCACAUGGAGAGACAUGAAGGUGUGAAGAAAUAUCUCUGCACCGAAUGUAACAAGCCUUUAUCAACAUUAUCCAGCCUGAAAAAGCAUAUAUUAAGGCAGCAUGCACCAGAAAAGCCGUUUCCAUGUGAAUAUUGUGACAAAACGUUUGUAAAUAUGAGUGAACGGGACACACACAAAAUUAGGAAUCAUUUUGAAAAGUCUUUUGUGUGCCCUAUUUGUGAAUGCAAGUUUCACACCAGAUGCAAUGUUAGGGCGCAUAUUAAGAACGUCCAUCUUAAAGGCACGAAUUUGAAUGAUUUCUUAAGAGAAAAUGAACAUAAUGAAAGACUGGUGGACAUAUUUAGGGACCGCAGAAAACCUUUUGUAGAAAAUUAAGAUUGAAUUCCAAAAAUCAAAUAAUGUUGAGAACAGGUGUUUAUAACUGAAUUUUAUGUUUAUUAUAAAUAAUUUUACAGUGCCACA